UCUAGCAAUGAUCCACCCCUGACUCUGCUUUAUAAACCAGACAGUAAUAAGAGGUGUUCAUAUUAGUAGUAGUUUUAUAUUUGUUGUAUCCUAUAUGUGUAAAAUGGAGUACUUUCUGCUUUUAACAAUUUCCUCAGCUAUUUUUGAUCAGACCUGGUGUCAAAACUAUUCCAGCAGCACCCUAAGACCAAACAACAUCACCAAUCCAACUGUGGUGUGUGAAAACAUGGGUACUUUACAAAACGGGAUCUGCCUCUGCCUCGAUGAUUGGACCGGAGCCUCCUGCAGCAUUUCAAAUUUCUGCCCUGGACAAAACCUAAAACAAUUCACCUUUCCAAAAACUGUCUUAGGACAGUUUGCUUCCUCCGUAGAGCGAUGUCCACCAGAAACAACAAAUGCUGGCAUCCCCCAGGCUUCGGCCCUCUGUAAUAAAACGAGUCACUCAUUUGAUUCUCCAAACACUGUAGAUUGUAGUUUGACCCUGGACACCAUUAAUGCAGAUCUUUCUGGAGCUACUCCUGAACAAAAACAGAACUUAGCCGCCAGCACCCAGAUCCUCACAUCCAUACCAGAACGGCUAACACCUCACAACAUCACAAAUGCAGCAAAAAUAACCAACAAGCUGCUUUCUGACCAACUAAAAACACAAAAUAUGGAUAUUGCCGUAUCAGCAGUCGCUACAAUCAGUCAGCUCCUGAACGCAAGUCAUGAGAUGUACACUUCUGUUGACCAUGAUGCAAUUUCUGAACUAACACAGACUCUACAGAAUCUCUCUCUGCGUGAGAACUCAAAUUCAUUGUUGGUGCAACCGAAUGUGGCAGUGCAGUCGCUGAAGAUGCAAACUCCAAUCCAAAAUGUUCAAUUAACCUCCUUAAAAGGCAAGUGUGUGCUCAUUUAA